AUGCCUAAAAUCCGCAUUGAAAAUUACGACUUGCAGCAGGGACGAGAAGGCAUGUCUUCUUCGAUGCUCGUCAUCUUGAUGGCGUUUUCUUGCUGCAUCUUCGUUCUGUCGACCGACGAUAUUCGCCACAAGCGUCAACUAUCGCCGGCGGUACGACUGGAAAACGAGCUCCGUCCUCUGCUAGUGGGCAUGUAUGGAUAUGGUCCAGAGGUGAAUUUUUUUUUAAUUGUUUGAGAGCUCGUGAAAGUGAGGUUCAGGUGGGUGGAAAAGUUUUAAGCUUAAGAUUUUUCUUGUUGGAGAAAUAAAUACGCCCGUGUGAUGACCAAAACCAAAGUUUUCCAUUUCUCACACACGAACUAAAAUUGAAUAUGAGUAUAUAUCCCAUUCCGCGCCAUGUAAUCAAGAAAAUUGGAGCGUCUCCCCUUCGUUUGGUGGUGUCCGAAGUUUCACAUCGUGUUUAUAGCCGAUUCACGGCUACAUGCGACGCUGUGGGGCUGGUGCCAAUAUUAUGGGAUAUUCGCUAUAUACUAUGGUCUUUUAAAAUUUCGAAUUUUUUUCGAAGCUUCGAAGCUAACUCCGCUCCUGCUGAGACGGUACCUUUUCUCGUCGAUGUUUUAUUGUGCGGGACUAACUUUGAAAAGAAGUCAAAAAUGCAGCCUUAUAAAAGGGCCAUCGUCAUCUAUAGAUAAAACAUUAACGCGAAACUUAUUGCAGCCUUAGGAGUGGAGUUAGCUGCUUGAAAUUCAAAAUCUGAACAGACUAUACCGGUAGGCUUGUGCGUAUGGCUGAGAGAUUUCACCGAAAUUUUGUUUUCACUGGUUAAAUCCUAGUUUCUGUUGAAGUCCAAAAGAAAAAAAAUAAGUCAAAACAUCACUUUUCUCGUUAAAAAAAAGCUUAAUAUCAGACUUGAUUUUUUUUACUAAGGCCUCCUUAAGGCCGGGAGAGGCUUAGAAAAUGGCGGGGGCCGAUAGGCUGAUGGGCCUGCCUUUGCACAACCUGUAAAAGCGUGUAGCUCACCUCUCGCUGCCAGCUCGGGAAAGUCUUGCGCCAUAUCGCUCUCCAAAAUGAAAACCAAAAAAAUUUUCAAUUUAAAAUUUACAAGUAGGGACCGCCAACGAUUUUUUUUGAAGUAGAUUUCUCUCAUCUCAGGAUUUGAUGGCGCGCUCGUCUCAAGCGGGACGCCCCGGGCGAAUCUUUUUUUUGUUUUUUUGUUGCUACUUUUGUUUAUAUGAACUGAUAAAUUUCGCCUUUUACAUUUUAUACUUUUUUUCUUAUCAAGAUGCUCAUUUUCAAAACAAGUUCUCCGCAUAAAUCUCACUCAUACAAACUUUUCAUACGGUUCUUUCUUUCUUUUCACUUCAUCUUAAAAUACAUCGUUAUUAUAAAAAACCAACUCAUGAACUCUAGAAAAGAAUUUUUCCUCGAACUUCAUGGGUAGACUUAACAUUAUGUGGAGCAUUGUAGUAGCAAAAGUUGAAUGAACUGUACAAGCAAGUCAAAUUGAGAAAAACGAGCUUUUCAGCAAAUGCAGUUCAAGCGGUCUCGAAGCCAACUCAAAAGGCACGUGUCGCCUUCGUUCGACGUCGAAGUCGACGCUGGAAACAUGCGAAACCUGUUGGACAUUGGCAAGCGACAAGUUUCUGUAGCUAACGACCUUGGCGGUCAAGUUCAGGUUCUUUCAGUUCUUUCAGUCAUCAAAGCUUUAAUAUUAUUUUGUAAGAAAACUUUGAACUUUUACAGAAUUAUAUAUAUAUAUAUAUAUAUGUAUAUAUGUAUACAAUUAUGUAUACAUAUAUACAUAUAUACAUAAUUCAUUUAUACGUGGCAAACAAGUGAACCUAUGCAGAUGUACAGCCGACUUUUUGAUGCUGGGAAAAGAUCGUUGUCGCCGGCCCACGACUUGGAGCACUCUCUCGAGUUGUCCGACUUUCUUGAACGCGCCGGACGUCGCCGCAAGUAA